UGACCGUUGUCAUUAUUGACUAUUUAUGCCAUCCCGAUCAUUCCCUGUUUUGCUUCCACUCCACUACUACUGAAUUCCCAAGCUCUCUCUAUCUCAAUUCUCUAUAUACACACUAACCCACCAUAUGCCGAUGCCCUUUACUGGGAAAACCAGCAGCGACUUUGCUCUCGACUGUUCAAGAUUCGGCCUUUCGGAGCGGCAACAAGGGGAGGUACACUGUGUAUAUCCAUCCAGCAGGAGAGCACCAGGAGGAGACAGAGUCUGUGUCCAUCCAGCAGUGCGGCGGGGGAGGAGAUACACAGUGUGUAUCCAUCCAUCCAGGAGUGCAGAGGAGAGAUGGAUAGGAGGGGAUGGGCGACGCUGGUGUGGUUGGUGUGCAUGGUUUGUGUAGGGAGUGGUUUCAAUAUCACGACAUACCUGUCGAAGCAUCCGGAUUUGGCGACAUUUAACAAUCUGUUGACGGCGACGAAUGUUGCAGGGGAGAUCAACAACCGUAGCUCGCUAACGAUCCUGGCGCUGUCAAAUACGCAGCUGGAGCCCUUCAUUUCGAGCUUCGGGGGAAAUCUGCCAACCCAGGAGGUUUCCGAUGUGCUACGGUACCAUGUUCUGUUGGAAUACCUGGACUGGGAUCGGCUGCAGCAGAUGACCAUGGCAGGAACUCUGGUGACCACAUUGUACCAGACCACCGGCCGGGCGCCCGGCAACACGGGAGCCGUGAACAUCACGACCGUCAGCGGGCAGGUGAGGAUCGGAAUGCCUAUUCCAGGUGCUGGAUAUAAUUCCACCAUUGUUGGUCUGGUGGACAAAUUCCCCUACGUUGUGAGCAUUGCGAGGAUCAGCUCCAUGAUUUUGCCCUUCGGCUUUGAUCUCUCGGGCUCCCCUGCACCCACCUCCGUCGGCUUCAAUGUCACCGACGCGCUCGUCAAGGCCAACAAUUUCAACUUCUUCGUCUCCCUCAUGGAGGCCUCUGGCGUGGUGUAUGAAUUCCAGUCCGAGGAAGCGGGCGCCGGAAUCACCAUUUUCGCCCCCACAGACGACGCCUUCUCAGCUCUGAAUCCGGAGACCUUACAGGGCCUAACGGCGGACAAGAAGGCGCUGAUUCUCAAAUACCAUGUUUUGCUUUCCUAUUACCCGCUCGGAUCUUUACAGACCAUUGUUAAUCCUGUGCAGCCGACUUUAGCGACUCAAGCAAUGGGGGCUUCCAGUUACACUCUCAACAUUACUCAAAUUCACGGUGAUGUCGCCGUCAAUACAGGCAUAGUUCAGGCGCCUGUUACAGAAACGGUCUUUGAUCAGAAACCCCUCGCCAUUUUUGCUGUCCCCAAAGUUUUACUACCCAGAGAAAUCUUCGGAUCAAAAACUGCCCCAACUCCAUCUCCCGCGCCUGCCCCGGCAAAUUUUCCUUUCCAAUCCCCGGGCCCGUCUCCUUUUACCGGGAUUUCCCAACCCCCAAUUUCCGUUCCUGCAUUUCCCAAGCCCCCAAUUUCUAUUCCUGCAUUUCCCCAACCCCCAAUUUCCGUUCCUGCAUUUCCUCGACAACCAAUUUCUGUUCCUCCUGCAUUUUCCCCAUUUAUUCCCCCUGUUACGCCAUUUUUAUCCCCCUCAUUUCCCCCAAUUCGGGGCAGCACAGCUCCAAGCCCGUCGAUUUUUGCUGCACGGCCUGCAACGCCACCAUCCACUGUGACGCCGACGCCAAUGGCUUCGUUUUCUCCUCCGCCGUUUCCGAGCAUGUCUACUGGUACCGCCAUUACAGCGCCCUCCCCGUCGCCAUUUCUUGCAGGGGUGGGGAAGAUCAGUAGUGCAGCUCCGGUGAAUUGCAUCGUCGGUACAGCGGUUUUGGGUUUCAUGGCUCUUUUCACGGUUAACUUGCUGCUGGAAAACGUUUGAUAAGCGACUGAGUUUUGUACAGGAGGUUUCUAGUUUUGUGUGCUUAGGAGUUUUCUUUUUCUUACAAUUACCUACUAAUCUUAAAGAUUUAAUUGUAUCGUAAUAAGAGGCAAUUGUGUAGCUCAUGUAUUGCAUACUUGAUUUGAAGAGGAAGGGGGACGCUUUAAUAUUUAUUUGAAGAAUUGAGUUUCCACUGAA